AUGGCUCCAAGUAAGAGAACUCAAGUUGAAGAAACUAAACCUGUUGCUAAGAAACAAAACACAACAUUUAGUAAGAAAGAUAUUCAAUCUUUUUUCACAAAACAAAUCUGGGAUACUAAAUUUCAAGAUGAUUUGAAAGAUCAAAUUGCUAAUUCAGAACCGUAUAAAUGGGGUUCAAUCACUGAUUUAAUUGAUGAUACAUUAUUAAGAAAUGUUAGAAAAGAAGUCUUAUCAGAAAUUGCAUUCACUAAAAAAGAAACAGAUAUUUAUAAAGUUUUCCAACUGGGUGAUUUAGCUAAUUUAUCAGGAUUAAAUUGGGAUGAUUUACUGAGAUUACCAAGUUUAUAUAAAUUACGUGCUGCUAUUUAUUCUCAAGAAUUUAGAGAUGUGAUUAGUAAAGUUACCGGAUGUGGAAAAUUAAGUGGAGUUAAAACUGAUAUGAGUAUUAAUACUUAUAGAAAAGGAUGUCAUUUAUUAACUCAUGAUGAUGUUAUUGGAAGUAGAAGAGUUAGUUUUAUUUUAUAUUUACCUGAUCCUGAUAAGACUUGGAAACCUGAAUUUGGAGGUUCAUUAAGAUUAUUCCCAUCUAUUGUACCAAAUGUUCCAAAAACUGAUUUCAGUGCUAAAUUUACUCCACAAUUUAAUCAAAUUGCAUUUUUCACCGUUCAACCAGGUUUAUCUUUCCAUGAUGUUGAAGAAGUUAGAUUUGAUAAACAUAGAUUAUCAGUACAAGGAUGGUUCCACAUUCCACAACCUGGUGAAGAUGGUUUCAUUCCAGGUGAACAAGAAGCUACUGAAGCCAGAUCUACUUUACAACAAUUACAAAGUAAAGAAUUGCAAGAAUUUGAUUUCCCUAAACCAAUUAGAAAUGAUUUAGAUCUUGAACAAGUUAAAUUGAUUGAAUCAACUACUGAAUUGAAUGAAUCAGAGUGGAAAUACCUUAGUGAAUUCAUUAAUCCAGCUUAUUUGACUCCAGAAACAUUGAAAAGUUUAAAUGAUAGAUUUUUAGAAGAAUCAAUUGUUGAAAUUAAUGAAAUUUUAAAACCUGAAUAUGCUGAAUCUUUGAGAACUGCCAUGAGAGAUUUAGAAAUUAACACUGCAACCCCACAAUUAUCUAGUGAAGUUUCACAUCCUUGGAAAGUUGCCGUUCCACCACAUAAACAAAGAUAUUUAUAUAUUGAUGGUAAAGCACCAAUUGAAUUAACCGAAGAAGGUAUUAAUUUUGCUAAUAAAAUAGGACCUCAAGAAUUUCCAAAUUAUGAACUUUUACAAAAAGCAUCAUUAUCUAGUGAGGUCGAUGUUAAAUUGGUAACAUUAGCUUCAUUCUUGAAAUCCGUUGCUUUUAAGAAAUGGAUUAAAUUGAUCACUUCAUUGAUUGUUACAUCCGACCAAGUUUUAGUCCGUAGAUUUAGACCAGGUCAUGAUUUCAUUUUAGCCACCACAACAGAUAAGAAUCUUGCUCGUAAUGACGAAGAAGAAAAUGUUUUACUUGAAGCUACUUUAAAUUUAACACCAACAGCAACUGUUGCAAAGAAUUGGGAAUCUGGUGAAUUUGGUGGAUAUGAAUUAUGUAUGGCUGAUAAAGAAGAAGAUGAAGAUGAUGAUCCAGCUGUUUAUAAAGCAAGUGAUCCAAACGAUGACACUGUUUUGUUCACUAAUCAAUGUAAAUGGAAUUCAUUGACAUUGAUGGUUAGAGAUCCAAAUGUUUUGAAAUUUGUCAAAUAUGUUAGUAUUAAUGCCAAAGGAUCAAGAUGGGAUAUUAGUUGUCAAUGGAAUGUUAAAAGUGAUGACCAAGAUGAUGACCAAGAUGAUGACGAAGAGGAGUAA